AUGACAGCCUUGGUGGGCGUUGUGGACUGUGCAAUGACAAAGGUGCACACAGUAGGGAAGUUGGUAUGUUACUCGCAUUGGAACCCGGAACAAGCCAGAGUCACGCUGGUGAAUGAAGGAGAAUGGGCUACAAGAGAGUUUGUGUAAGUCUUUUCGGUUGGAUUUUAAGUUUGAAGUCAUCGGUUAAAAGUUAGCUACCACGUUUUUAGAGCACGCUGUAAAUUCAAUGGUAUUUUUUGGAGAUAUCGUACAAAUUUUGGAGAAUUUUUGAAGAUCGUAUAAGCCUCUAAAUACUGAGAAUAUUAACCGGGGGAAAUACUUCAAGAGCAACCCUCAGAUUUUUUUUAUUUUGCUUACAUUUCGGACAUAGGCCACACAUCAAUUUCUAUAAGUAUUACCCCGCGCUUUCCAGAAACAACCGAGAUAUCCAAAGAUUUUUGCUGUCGAGAAAGUUCGCGAAACUCGGAGAACGAACACAGAUAAAAAAGCAUUUUUCUGUUUUCAGAACAGUCCCAAUAAACGAGCACCACUGGUUCUUCAUCAAACGUCGGUUUUUUGAUCGUCAAGUUGAUCUCCAUUUAAAAAUUCGACAUAAUUGUGGCCCCGACGGGGAAUUCAGGGAGUUCAUUGAGGAAAUAGAUGACGGCCAUCAUAAUAUUGGAAGUGUGGAUAUAACUCCAUACGACGUCUUGGAGGAAUUUGCUAAAAGAAAGGAGAAAGUGCUGGAAGAAAACGCCGAGAGCGGAAAUAUCACCAAGAUUGAGAAAAAUGAUGGCGAUUUUUAA